AUUAUAAUUUGAGUUCAUCACCUUACUGGAGAAAGAAAAACAUCAAACACCAAAACAUGGCUACCCUUCUUGCUCCCUCUGAGAUCUUUCCGGUCGAAGACGCCGAAGCUCUUCGAAAGGCCACCAAAGGGUGGGGAACCGAUGAGGAGGCAAUAAUAAACAUAUUGGGACACAGAAAUGCGACACAGAGGCUUCAAAUAAGACAGGCUUACCAUGAUCUUUACCAGGAGGAUCUCAUCAAGCGCCUUGAAUCCGAGCUCUCUGGUCAUUUCGAGAGAGCAAUGUACCGUUGGGUGCUGGAUCCCUUCGAUCGGGACGCCGUGUUAGCGAACGUAGCGAUCAGAAAAGGCAGCGGAAAUCCCGAGGCAAUCAUCGAGAUCUCGUGUGCUCGGUCUUCGGAAGAGCUUCUCGCCGUUAGGAGGGCUUACAUGGCUCGUUACAAGCGGUCCCUCGAGGAAGACGUGGCCGCUCAUACCUCGGGCGACAUCCGAAGGAUUCUGGUGUCUUUGGUGACGGCUUUUAGGUAUGAAGGGGAUGAGAUAAACUUGAGGGUGGCGAAUUCCGAGGCCGAGAUUCUGCGAGUUGCGGUAAAGGAGGGGGUGUAUAGCCAUGACGAAGUUCUUCGUGUUCUGAGUACUCGAAGCAAGUCUCAGCUCAUGGCUACUUUCAACUGUUAUAGAGAUGGAAAUAAUGGCAUUUCCAUCACUAAGGAGCUGUUAAGCGAUUCGGGCAACGAACUUGCGAUGGUACUGCAUACGACCAUCCGAUGUCUUAACGAUCCAACAAAGUAUUUUGAGAAGGUUGUGAGAGAGGCGCUGAAGAGGUACGGGACGGAUGAGGACGGGCUGACCCGCGUGAUCGUGACGAGGGCCGAGAAGGAUUUGAUGGGUAUAAAGGAGCGUUACUACAAGAAGAACAACAUCUCGCUCGAUCAUGCUGUCGCUAAGGAAAUUUCGGGCGACUACAAGGCUUUUCUCCUCGCUCUCAUGGGCUAUCUCGAGUGAACGCUCCUCUCUCUCUCUCGGGUUUUCGUUGUUAUGGCGAGAACUUUGAAUGUUUCCCGUGUUGCCUGCCAUCGACUAGGCUCGAAAAUGCUAUGUUUUCUCUUUGUUAGUUUUCGAUAUAUUCCGGAAUGUAGUUCAGUUUGAUAUGAUGUUUGGACCGUUUAUCAAUCCGAAAAAUAAUGAUCCUCCGUUCUUGAUA